CCGCCCGGGCCCGGGCCCGGCCCGGCCCGGCCCGGCCCUGGCUCCGCCUCCACCUUCGUGCGCCCCGGCCCGGCCAUGAGCUGCUGCUAGCGGCCGCGCCCGGUGCGCCCGGCCCGGGCCUGCCCGAGCCCCGCCGGCCCCGAGCCUCCCGGCCCCCGCCCCGAGCCCCGGCCCCGCGGGUCAAGAUGUCUUCGCGCUCCGCCCUGGCGGCGGGGAACGAGCGGAACGCGGACACGCUGUGUGUGUGUCCCCUGGCUCCCCAGCUCACAGGCCUGGGGGGCAGCCGCUCGGAGAAGGGCUCAGCCUGGUCCAGCCGCUCGCUGGGCGCCCGCUGCCGCAACUCCAUUGCCUCCUGCCCCGAGGAGCAGCCCCACAUCGGCAACUACCGCCUGCUGCGCACCAUCGGCAAGGGCAACUUCGCCAAGGUCAAGCUGGCCCGGCAUAUCCUCACCGGCCAUGAGGUGGCCAUAAAAAUCAUCGACAAGACGCAGCUGAACCCCACCAGCCUCCAGAAGCUCUUCCGGGAAGUUCGCAUCAUGAAGGGGCUGAACCACCCCAACAUCGUGAAACUGUUUGAGGUUAUUGAGACAGAGAAGACACUGUACCUGGUGAUGGAGUAUGCCAGCGCUGGUGAAGUGUUCGACUACCUCGUGUCCCACGGGAGGAUGAAGGAGAAGGAGGCGCGGGCCAAGUUCAGACAGAUUGUCUCAGCCGUGCACUACUGCCACCAGAAAAACAUCGUCCAUCGGGACCUCAAGGCGGAGAACCUGCUGCUGGAUGCUGAUGCCAACAUCAAGAUCGCUGACUUUGGCUUCAGUAACGAGUUCACGCUGGGCUCCAAGCUGGACACCUUCUGUGGGUCCCCCCCCUACGCGGCCCCUGAGCUCUUCCAGGGCAAGAAGUACGACGGCCCUGAGGUUGACAUCUGGAGCCUGGGUGUCAUCCUCUACACCCUGGUCAGCGGCUCCCUGCCCUUCGAUGGCCACAACCUCAAGGAGCUGCGGGAGCGGGUGCUGCGGGGCAAGUACCGGGUGCCCUUUUACAUGUCGACUGACUGUGAGAACAUCCUGCGCCGGUUCCUGGUCCUGAACCCGGCCAAGCGCUGCACCCUCGAGCAAAUCAUGAAGGACAAGUGGAUCAACAUUGGCUAUGAGGGUGAUGAGCUGAAGCCCUACAAGGAGCCUGAGGAGGACUUUGGGGAUGCCAAGCGCAUCGAGGUGAUGGUGGGUAUGGGCUACACCCGAGAGGAAAUCAAGGAGUCCCUAAGCAACCAGAAGUACAACGAGGUUACGGCCACCUACCUCCUGCUGGGCAGGAAGAACGAGGUGGAGGCAGGCGAGUCGCGUACAGGCAGCAGCCUCUCCCUGGCCCGGGUGCGGGCACCCAGUGAGGCAGCCAAUGGCACUGGCAAGGCGUCCUCACAUGGCAAGAGCCAGCGUGGUGCCACUACCUACCACCGGCAGCGGCGGCACAGCGACUUCUGCAGCCCCUUGCCAGUGCCCAUGCACCCCAAGCGCAGCCCCACCAGCGCAGGCGAUGCGGAGCUGAAGGAGGAGCGCAUGCCCGCCCGCAAGGCCAGCUGCAGUGUGGUGGGCAGUGGGCGCGGGAUGCCCCCUUCCAGCCCCAUGGUCAGCAGCGCCAACAACCCCAACAAGUCCGAGAUCCCUGACCGGCACAAGGAUGGCGCCAUCAACACGAACAACCUCCCCUCGAGCGUGAUGGCACGCAGGAACACCUAUGUCUGCACCGAGCACCUGGGUGCUGACCGCCAUUCACUGCUGCAGAACAGCAAGGAGAACAGCUCCGUCGCUGGCCGGGUGCCCCCAGCGUCACCCUCCAGCCACAGCAUCGCCGCCGCCUCCUCAGAGCGGGCCCGCCUGGUGCGGGGCACCACCAUCCGCAGCACCUUCCAUGGUGGGCAAGUGCGGGAUCGGCGGACGGCGGGGGGUCCCAACGGGCCCCCCGCCUCCCCGACACUGGCACCCGAGGCUUCACCGCUGCCCCAGAGCCGCUCGCGGGCCACCUCCAACCUCUUCAGCAAGCUGACCUCCAAGCUGACCCGCAGGGUCACAGACGAACCUGAGAGAAUCGGGGGACCUGCGCUCACAAGUUGCCAUCUACCUUGGGAUCAAAAGGAAGCCGAACCCCGGCUGCUCCGAUGCCCCUGGCAUGUGAAGGUGACAAGCACCUGGCCAGCUGAGGCAGUGAUGGCAGUGCUGCAGCAGGCCACCCUCUCGGCUGGCUGCCACGCAUGCCAGCCCCAGCCCUUUUUGCUCUCCUGCACCCAUGACUGGGGCCCCAGCGAGCACUUCUGCCAUUUUGAGGCCGAGGUUUGCCGGCUCCAGCACCUCGGCCUCCACGGUGUGCUCUUCCGGCACCUGGCCGGCACUGCUGGCGCUUUCCGUGCCACCUUGACACGCGUGGCUGGUCAGCUCCAGCUCUAGGGACCCACUGGAGCUGGGACCCCUUCCUUGAGGGCUGCAUUCCUCCUGGGGUAUGCACUGGAUCUGGCACCCAGGGUCUGCAUCAGCACCAGGACCCCCUCCAGGGGCUGCAUUGGCACUGGGACCCCCCCAGUGUCUGCAGUCCCCCCCAGGGCUGCACCGGAUCUGGCACCCAGGGCUGCACUGGUGUUAGGACCCUCCCCAAGGAUGCGCCGGAUCCAGCACCCAGGGCUGCAUUGGUGCUGGGACC